AUGGAGAACGACGAGCCAGAAACUCGGCCUGUCACAGGAGUGAGCUGGCGGGACAACAGUGACGGGGUGCCGGUGGUUGAUCCGGAGAAAGAAAUCCUGGGACAACAAGACCAGGAACAGCAACAGGAUUCGAGCGACACUCCCGACAGCGGCACGACAUUGGGGCUGCCCGGUGAUGAGCUGAACGAAAAACCCGACUCUGAACCCUCACCCAAUGCCGACAACGAGUCGACCGCGAGAGCAACACGACCCGGGCUCGAAAACAGAGCCACCACAUAUGCCUCAUCCACUCGCACACUCCCGCGCCUGAAGCGCAAAGAGACGAAGAUGAUGCAAAAAGAAGCCCACCCAAUGCAGCACCUGGGCAUCACGCUCGGACUGCCGGCCAUUUUACUCUUCGACAUCAUCGUCCCAUGCAUCAUCUACUACACAUGGUACAACUCCCGCAAACACCGCUGGGAGAGAGACUGCCGCGAGCAAUUCAACAGCACUCCACGGGAGUGUCCGAUCCUCAAACCUGAAUACGACGAAAACAUUCUUGGCUACGCCAUCAUCUCGUUUGGCGCCGGCGAGCUUUGGAUCUUGAUUGCACGGGUGUACAGACUGUUCGUGCACACCGAAGACUGCGCCCCUCUGUUGUCAAGGAACAAGUGGGAGCUGGAUGCCACGUCGUGGGUGUACGGGGUCGCCAUGAUCCUGGCCCUGAUCCCCUUUGUCGUCGGCAGCUCUCUGGUGCUCCCCCAUCUCUACCUCUACUCGCCGACCUUCAUCAUGGGAUUCCUGGGCAUCCUGAUGCUCAUCACCGAGAUCCUCCCCAUCAAGAUUCCCAUUGGGAUCAACUCGCAGCCUCGCGGCACCAAGCUGCGUCCGUUCAUUUACUACGCCGCCGAAGACUUCAUCGCCGUCGACGGCCUGCAGGACCGCGAAUUCCGCGUCCGCUACAACGACCGCUACGAGAAUAACAAGGCCUUUCGACUCAUGUUCCGCUACCUGACCUGGUGGUGGCUACUGGGCGUGUGUACGUACAUCGGCUGCGUGUCGGCCGUCAUCUGGACCUUGGAAUUCCACUACGCAUUCGGACUCUCGCUGGGUGUUCUUUUCUCUUAUAUCGCCAUCUGGGCAGCUGUUUCUUAUGUGUGGGUCAUGCUCGAGAUUGAAAGGGAGCAGAAGGCCUUUGAAGAUGGCAAGUUUGACCCAUAG